AGCCCCCUCCCAUCGCAUCUCGACUCUGACCGUCUCCCUACCUUCUAGCCCUUCUCCCAAUCCUCAACCUCUCACCUCUUCGUCACGAUGAAGUUCGCAUUCGCUCUCGUUGCUCUCGCCGCUGUCGCCGCCGCUGCUCCUCUCGAGAAGCGCGUCACGCCCAACUGCGGCGGCAAGUCCUUCUCCAACACCAACGUCAACCAGGCCAUCAGCAACGGUGUCAACGACCGCGCUUCUUCGUCUAGCUACCCUCACACUUACAACAACUACGAGGGCUUCGACUUCAGCGGCGAGUGCUCUGACAGAAGCUACCAAGAGUUCCCUCUCGUCACCAAGAGCGGCGGCUACACUGGCGGUUCUCCCGGUGCUUACCGUGUCAUCUACGGCACCAACACUGGCAACUUCUGCGGAGCCAUCUACCACGCUAGCUCUGACAACUCCUUCUCUCAGUGCGACUACUAAAUGCGGUCGUGGCUUGGUCGUGGAUGCUUCUUCGUUCGACCUCUCAAAAGAGUCUGCUAGAUCAGACUUGGCACCUCAUGUGAUUCCUCCAACCAUGCAUUCCUCACCUAAUCACAUACCAUCUCGAACUUUGUCCUUCACGCUUUCAUCUGUUUCGAUAAGGAUGUAUUCGCGCGACGUCUGCUUUCCGCCCUUUUCGUCACUUUGCGAAGCCUC